GCGAAAAAAACGUGGACAGAAUCACGGAAUCCAGACAUUAAAACAGAAUUCAACAGUAUUCAAAAAUGUGUCAAACUUAAUAGGGAAUCAACUAAAUGUAUUUAAAGUGAAUUAAUUUGUCAAAUUGUAUCAUAAGACUUGAACAGAAUCCAUCAGUGAUUUGUAUUUCCUGCAACUUUCUGAAAAAGCAAAGAGAAUUCCUCAUCUAUAUGUGCAGUACGUGCGUCUACCACUUUGUGUAGCUGUUAGCGAUGAUGCUAAUGAAAAGUCUUCUGGUAGAUGGAAAGGCUUUCACAAAAACCUUCAGUUAAAUGUUAACUACAAAGUAGCCUAUGCUACUUUUCUAUAAAGAAAAGUGUGAUUUUGAGAGUGAAAACCUGAAAAAAGGGGAAAACGGACACCUGGAAAAACAAAACGGAGAAAACUGAAUUUGGGAAAAAACUAAACGUAAUCAGGCAAAAUAUAACAGAUUUUUUUAGGGCCCUAUAUUGUGUCUUUGCAUGCCGUGAUGAAAUGAUGAUACUGUAGCUUCCUAAAAAAUUGCUGACCGUUUCCUGAUCCACUGCCAGGGCAUGGCAGAGCUAUCAUUGCAGCGUCCAACCCCACAGUUCAUAAACGGAACACUGUCUGUACCACAUCUACAAAGGACUGUGUCUAUAGCUGUGACUGUACCAAUACCGUGUUCGCGCUGCACCAUUGACUCUGUCAGUGCACGCGUGUGUGUUAGUUUAAUCCAUACUAGCCAGAAAAGUGUGUGUGCUGUUGCAGGGUUGCCAUGGCAGCAGGAGGGGGCAGGGUGCCAGACUCCUUCAGACAGCUGACAGAGUCAGAGAGAGAGAGAGGGAGGGAAGAGGAAGAGGAAAGAGGGAGACUUCCAUGGAUGUGCCAGUGGCAGAAGGCACACAGCACGUGCUGGUGCUCAGCUCACCCUGCCUCUCUGUCCUCUGUGGUGUAGCUGACUGACCAUGCUGUCAGUGACCAUGCUGCCUCCCCUAUGUAUGCUCUCUGUUCAGUCUGCUUCUGUUAUUUCUUAUAAAGAGCUAGACAACAUCUCUCCUGAUUGUGUUUUGUUCAAAGGAGAUGCAGCAAAAGCUAAUCCCAACCAUGGGUUUACUGUACCUAGCUGCUACUGUAGUUGGUUAGAUUUAUUUACCAUCAAAACACUACACGUACCUGUAUCUGACAUUUGUAGAAAUAUGCCUUAUGUCGCUCAUACAGUACCUCUUUCCAUAGCCAGUAUAAAAAUGAUGCGUACAGAGCCGCUGCCUGCAGAGGGGAUGUAUUAGAAUAUGUUUCCUGGCUUAAGCUUCCCUCGCCUGUCCUCUUUAAAUUCCCUCCACUUGAUCUUCUGUUCUGUCGUUGAGUUGCAUAAGACAAAUCAUUAGCAGAUUGGGAAGCAGUUACAGGGUACAUUGAAGAGCUUAGUGGAGACUAGAGCGUCUCCUGUCCAUCUGCAUGAUCCAGGGAUUCUGACUGUGGCGACAUCACCUUGUGAACACAAACCUGUCAGAGUGGGCACAUGCCUGCUGUGCGGGUGUGGGACGUUGCAGAACGGACCCAGGUUGCUGAGUUACAGGAACAUAAGUACGGCAUCUCCUGUGUGGCCUUCUCCCCCAACAGCAAGUACAUCGUCAGCGUGGGAUACCAGCACGACAUGAUUAUCAAUGUUUGGGCCUGGAAGAAAAACAUAGUGGUGGCAGCCAACAAGGUGUCCAGUAAAGUCACAGCUGUGUCCUUCUCAGAUGACAGCAACUACUUUGUCACGGCAGGGAACAGGCACGUCAAGUUCUGGUACCUGGAUCACACCAAAUCAUCCAAGGUGAACGCCACGGUUCCUCUGCUGGGUCGCUCGGGGCUCCUGGGGGAGCUGAGGAACAACUUCUUCAGUGACGUGGCAUGUGGGAAGGGUCGUAAAGCCGGUAGCACCUUCUGCAUCACCUCCUCGGGCCUGCUCUGCGAGUUCAAUGACAAACGCCUGCUGGACAAAUGGGUGGAGCUAAGGAAAAACGACAGUGUCACAACCAGUCAGGCCACAUCUCUGUCUGUGACGGACGAGCUGAUCUUCUGUGGCUGUGCCGACGGCACGGUUAGGGCCUUCAGCCCCGUCAACCUGCACUUCAUCUGUACCCUGCCACGCCCACACUGCCUGGGCACCGACAUCGCCACCGUGGUGGAGGCUAGUCACCUCUUCAGCCACAAGAUGGACGCCCGGUGUCCAGACACGGUGGCUGUAUCUUAUGACCCUGCGAGCCGCUGGCUGUCCUGUGUCUACAACGACCACAGCCUGUACGUGUGGGACGUACGGGACCUCCGCAAAGUGGGCAAGGUCUACUCCGCCCUUUACCACUCGGCCUGCGUGUGGAGCGUCGAGGUGUACCCAGACAGGGUAAGUGAUGGCAGGCAGCCCUGUCUGCCUCCAGGCUCCUUCCUCAGCUGUUCUUCAGACAAUACUGUCCGGCUCUGGAACACUGAUGGACACAACACAACUCUCAGCCGCAACGUCAUCAGCAACGACCUCCAGAAGAUCAUCUACAUGGACAACAACACAGCCGGUCUGCUGGACACAGAGUGCCUCAACUCGGGGAAUGGAGAGAAGGCCGACCCCCAGACCUCCGAGACCAGGACGGGCAUCAGGACCGUGUGUGUCAGCCCAGACGGGCAGCACCUGGCAUCGGGCGACCGGACCGGCACCUUGAGGAUCCACGAUCUGGAGAGCAUGGGGGAGAUUCUGAACGUUCAGGCCCACGACUCAGAGAUCUUGUGUCUGGAAUACUCCAAGCCUGAGACGGGGCUGAAGCUGCUAGCCACAGCGAGUCGAGACCGGCUGAUCCACGUGCUGGAUGCAGAGCGGGAGUACAGCCUGCUGCAGACGCUGGAUGAACACUCCUCUUCCAUCACCGCUGUACGAUUUGCUGCCGAUGAAGGCAAGGUCAGGAUGAUCAGCUGUGGCGCUGACAAGAGCAUCUACUUCCGCACAGCGCAGAAGUCAGAUGAAGGAACCGUGUUUACCCGCACCCACCACAUCGUACGCAAGACAACGCUGUAUGACAUGGAUAUUGACCCCACCAGGAAGUAUGCUGUUAUUGGUUGUCAGGACCGCAGCAUCAGAAUCUUCAACAUCAGUAACGGCAAACAGAAGAAACUGUACAAGGGCUCCCAAGGAGAGGAUGGGACUGUCAUCAAGGUUCAGACAGACCCCUCAGGGCUGUAUGUGGCCACCAGCUGUUCAGACAAGAACAUCAGCAUCUUUGACUUCUACUCUGGGGAGUGUGUGGCCACCAUGUUUGGACACUCUGAGGUUGUGACUGGAAUGAAGUUUACCAAUGACUGCAAGCACAUGAUAACUGUGUCUGGUGAUAGCUGUAUCUUUGUGUGGCGUCUGGCCCCGGAGCUGACCAUCAGUAUGAGACAGCGUCUCUCGGACCUCAAGCAAAACGGCAAGCCAGUUCAGAAGACCCCACCUCACAAACCUUGCAAUCUCAGCACCAGGAGAGAGGUACAUAGCACCCCUCCCAUUGUCACCAUGUCCUCCGACAGUGACAAAGAGGUGGAGGAGGAGGGGAUAGAAGAGGAGGAUGAGGAAGAGAGGGUCUCUCCUUACAUGGUGUCAGGCUGCAGUGCAGGAGAAGACACAGACACCUCAGAUGAAAAGCACAACUCUCACGAACUGAAAAGGGAGAACUCUUUUGGCAGGCGGUCUUCCCAGGGCAGUCACCACUCUGAGGACAGGGGUCCCCGUCCACGGCGCCGCUGGUCCAGACGCAUGGACAGCAUGGAUCUGAUGGUCAAGUCCAUGUUGGACCUCAGACAGCUGGACUCCUUCGCCAUGCCCCCCUCCUCCCCCACUAAGACCCAAACCCAGCCUGUUUCUGACUCCUUCAGAGACCCAUUCAGAGAGGACGAGCUGGGCAGCACCAUCAGCCUGCAACCCCUCACUGCAUGGGGGGAGUCUGAGCAGAGGUCCCAGCAGCGGCCCAAAUACAUCAUGCUCUCUCCACAGACACCUAACACAGAGACGGGCCCAGUGCUGUACCCCGACGGCUUUGAGGACAGGGUCAGCUUAGCCGGCAGUGAGUACCUGGUGAAGGAGCUGCUGCCUGGGCCUGGGGCCAGCAGGACUGUGAAGGGGUACCAGAACCACAACCAGUGGAGCCAGGGCCACCAUGACAAACACAGCUCAGACAGUGCCUUCUCUGUGGACUACUCCAGCAGCAGACUGUCCAGCCCAGACAGUCAGCAGCAGCCUCCUGGAGAGGACUCUGAGCCCAUGGAGCCUCUCAGUAUGGAUGGGAAUUCCUCUGAAUUGGACAUGGAGGAACUGGAGGUGGAAGAGGAGGGGGGCGUAGGGAGGGGAGAUGCCAAGGGGAUGACGGUAGUACCCCAGACCCCGGACCAGGAGGCCUUCCUCAAACAGCACUUUGGCAACCUGGCUGAGCUUAACAACCCAGUGAGUCCGACGAGAGUUGCCACCCCUGACAGUAUCAGCAUCUCCUCCAAGUUCCUGUCCCAAUGCGCUACUGGAAGCAGGACCUCCUUUCCAUUCCUAUCUAAGAGCAUUGGUGAGGGGAAGGUAGGCAGCGGUGUGGUGAAGCCCCUGGUCUCUCAGGUGAGGCCUCUCAUGGAGCACAACCAGGGCCAGAGCCACAACCAGGACAGAGACCAGACCCAGAGCCAAGGCUAUAGCCAGUCUCAGGACUAUGGCCACAGCCAAAGGAAGCUCUCAGAAGACUCUCAAAAGGGCCCCACCGGGAGACUAGAAGUAGUGGACACAACGGAGAAGUGUUUUAAUCUGCGGGCCUCUCCUCUGAGGAAGAAGCUGUUUAACCCUGCAGUGGACUCGCGUAGGAUGGUCAGCCCUGUGGCCAAGGCUGCAGCCUCUCACCUCACAACUACAGGCAUGAGGAAGUCCCAGUCAGUCCAGAACCUGCACACUGAGGUAGACAUGCCUCUAACCCUGUCUCGGCCCUCCAAGGAGGUGGCCCCCCUGACCCAGCACUCCCAGUUCCAUCACUCCCAGGCCAGCGAGGGUCCAGUGACACUCCCCACCACCCCCCGCAGCACACUGCCCAGCAUGCCCCCCUUCUGCAGCCCCACCUCCCCCCAGCCUCAGGACAACACCAGUACCAGCCACAGCACAGCCACUAUGCCCAGGAGCCUAAAGUCCCGCUGCUCCUACAUGAGCCCCACCACCAGUUCCAUGGCCAAGAUGUCCCGCUCCGUGUCCAUGGGAGACAACCUAAACGUGACUGAGGAGGAGUCUGGGUCUGGAAGUAGUUCCAACACCUCCAACUCCAACCCUCCAAUGACCAAGAGUCAGAGCUGCUCCACCCAGAGUCCGAGUACUAAAACAUCUAUCCCAGUGGCCAUGGUCUCCUCGGCGUCUUCCUCCCUCUCAGGGAUGGGUUUAGCCAUGCCCCAAGCUGCUGUUUUCCCCACACUCAUAGCUAGCUCUAACUCUAACCCAACCACCAAGAGUCUGCAGGCCAAGCUGACGUGCAGCACCCGGCCCCAGCUCAACCUGGACAUCUCCAAGUCCCUCCCAGACAAGCCCUCCCUGGCAGUCUUCACACCCAACGGUACCUCCAAGACCACCACCACUUCCUCCAAGACUGUCAAAGAGGACAACCUCUCCCCCAGAUCACCAGUUAGCUUGUUGCCCCAGCAGGGCCAGAAUCAACCACCACCGCUCUCCAACAACGUCCAGCUAGUCAUUGCACUGUCCCCCUCCCCUGCUGCUCCUGUGGAGACUAGCCUAGUGCAGAGCCCUGAGGCGGAGCAGCUUGGUCUCACCGCGGAGCUGCGUCCUGAGGCCCCUGUUGUAGACAACAGACUGGAACAGCCAAAGGCAGAGGAAUGCCAGGGCCUGACCCAGGAGGAGAGCCCCGUGACGGAGCUGUCUCUUCAGGGCAAUCCGGUCUACCUGCUGUCACAACGAGGGCCCGGCCAGGACCGCACAGGUUUGCUCCAGCGUUCUCCCUCCUUCACCCUGUCAUCUCUGCGUCUGGGCCUGCCCCUGACCAGCACCAAGCACUUCUUUACUACUGGUGCACUGUGGCCUGCUGUCUCCACCCCCAUGUACUCUUCACCUUCACCCUGUCCAUGUCCUCCGUCACUUAACCGGUUUCUCUCGAUUGACAAUUCUCUCAGUAUGGAGUCGUGCAGGGUGUUGGCCAGCGAGCUACAGAACUCGUUUAGGAAGGCCUCCUGGUUCUACAGGAUGGUGAACAGUGUGCCAGUAGCCUCCAGGCAGGAGCAGCAUGAGAUGGCCCGGGUCCUGUCUGAGGCCUUUGAGGUUGUGAGGGCCGAGCUGAGCUCCCUGCCCCAGAGCUCACCAUCCCCCUCUGGAGAACCUGCAGCAGGAGGCUCCCUGUGUAUGCUGGCCUGCCGGCCUGUAGGACCAGGGACAGGGGGAUCAGGCUCAGGGGAGGAGAGGACUCUGGCUCUGCUGGAGCAGUACUCUGAGCUCCUCCUAAAAGCUGUGGAGAAGAGGCUGGACAACAAUCAGGUCUCCUAGAGACAUCUCAAGGGAGAGGCAUCUUAUUUUACCCCUCCCUUUAAGACUGAACCAACAAACCCUCUGGCAAAUGCAGACCUGAUUGAUCAGUGGACUUACUACAGUACUCGUUUUUUAAAUAAACUUUUUGAAGAUGAAUAAAUUAAAAUAUUCCUGAGGGACAUAUUUUUUACAAGUUCUUUGUUAAAGCACUUCUAUCGCUCUCUCGCUCUGCUGGACUCUAGUUGGGUGGUCCCCUCUCUCCCUGUCAGAUCUCUGUAGGACUUGGUGGGAUUGUGUGGCUUGCAGUCAGCACAAAGGCCCACUGUAAUAGGCCAACGUCUAACACUAACAUGCCAACAGCACAGAUACUGAUAGUGUAGGGAGACCCCUCAGGAUGAUCGAUACCUCAGCAUUCAUUACCAGUGUGGCUAAGCUGCACUAUAGACUGUCAUUCACCAACCUUCCUCCCUCUGUCAUCUACAGUACCUACCAGACAACUGCACUCUCACAAACAUUUGUUUUAUUUACCCCUGUUGCCAAAUAUUGUGCCCUGCUACUUUGUUUUGAAGGAAGUUAGCCUGAGGUGAAUACAUAAGUAAUUAGCGGUUAUGCCCUUUGUUACAUACUGUAGAUCUCCCCUAGAUUAAGGAAAUAUGAAUAGUUGCUACAUUUUGAUGCGGGCCAUCAUUUUGGGUAGAAGUUGCAGAACAUUUUGGAGAAUCGAAGGGUGUUGUUGUUCAAUACCUUUCCUGACCCCAGUGAUCUAAAACAAUACAAUUAUGAUCGCUACAAUUUCAACUUUCUGUGUUGGUGUCCCUGUCCCGACCAGGGCUCUUACCCACCAACACAAUGGACCAGGCCAUAGCCUCCUCAAAACUACAAGUGGAACACAAGACCCUUCUAAGUCUUAGAAGCCAGAUUAUCAGACAUGAGCAUGUUUUAGUGGGUGAUUUGAGAGGCCCUGUCUGUGUGUGUUGUGUGGUUGUAUUUAUUAUGUUGUAAAAGGUCCAUGUUACACAGGGGGGUUUUCAGCCUCUUGUUGUAGUUUGUUUUGAUACUGCUGACUGGUGUCAGUAUGUUUUGUGCCAGAGCGAGGUCAUCAGUGGGGGACCAACAUUGCAAAAAACAGAAGACCUUGAAGAUAGACAGUAUCAACUGAGUGUCCUCGUUCUUCAACUCUACUGGAUCAUUUUAUAAAACGUGUGAAAUGUUUCAAGGAAAUGGGUGCCUUAAUUCAAAACCAGCUUUUUUCAUGGUUCUAAAUGUGUUCGGCAAAACCAAAAUAAUAUUGAAUUGUAAUCAAAAGGCAACUACUGAAAUGUAUCUACUGCUAUGGGAAUUUUUAUUUAACUUUUAUUUAACUUGGCAAGUCAGUUAAGAACAAAUUCUUAUUUUCAAUGACGGCCUAGGAACAGUGGGUUAACUGCCUUGUUCGGGGCAGAACGACAGAUGUGUACCUUAUCAGCUCGGGGAUUCGAACUUGCAACCUUUACUAGCCCAACGCUCUAACCACUAGCCUACCCUGCCGCCCCAGGGCAUCAAAUGACAUCGAGGAGAAAUGUUCUCUGGUGACAAUGAAAAGAGACAUCUUAGUGUUGGGUUACCUGAGGGUAAGAACAUAUUUCAUUCAUAGCUCUUCAGAGCUCUGCCGCACCAAUUCCUCAACAUUAAUUGGCUUCACGUUUUUAUCCUCGUCUCUGGUACAUUUCCACCACAGUAACAAUAUAAAGCACUUUCUUUCCUAUCAGAAUGAUCAUAGGUCAAAUUAAUGUAUUUGUAAUAGCUUAGGAUACUAAACUGAACCUUCAGGGUCUCUGUGUGUGUAUAUAAUGGUGUAAUGUAUCUGAGUCAAGGGCUCAGACUAAUUCUUAUGUUCUGCUGCUGCUAUGGUAAUUGUGGCCGCAGACAAGCACAACAUUGCCCCCUGGUGUUGGACCUAAAUCACUGCCCAGCUGCUAUGAUAGACAGCCCAAUCGCUCACCUCCCACCACUCAUCUCUGGUCACGAUAAUGAUAUUCUGUGCUGUAUUUUACAUGCUAUAAUACACUAGUGCUCUCAAACAAUCUUUUAAUCACCUGUGUAUACAGUACUGGGUGUUUUCUCAGUUAUUGUUACUUGUUAGGAAACUUUUACAGUCUGAUCAGGUACCCAAUGUUCUAUCCUUUCAAAGUGCCACGCCUGUAACUUUAUCCUUUCUACUCUUGAGUUAAUCAUUGUAUGUACAAAUGACUAGAUGGAUGUGCAUGGACAGACCGCAAAGAUUUUAAAUUGCAGUCGAGCCCUGACAGGACAUGGGUAAUGGUAUAGAAUGAGAAUGAAUUAUUCUACUGUUUAUUAGUUAUUCAGUAUUUCCCCAUCUGAUUGACAAUAUUCAGAACGGUAACGUUAUCUAGCAGACUGGAGGUUUCAUUAAGACAUAGGAUUGUAUUUCAAUGGACAGUAGUACAGAUAACUUAUAACUUUCUGCUGCUUGUAUGCAUGAGUAUAUAUGCAUGAAGGGUGGUGAGGUAUGGAGGUUGACUGACUGGCUCGUUCCUUAGUAGGAUUGCAUGGUUGAACGUACCCUAGGCUUUUUAAAGAGUCGAUCCCGCUUUUUUUCACUGACUGGUACCCCUGUAGCUGACCCUAGUUCUAAUCUCACCUUUUGUAUGUUAUGAUGAUUACUUGUCUUAAACUGCAGAUGAUGGACCAGCAUUUCCUCUUUUAGGAAUGAUCACCUUUCAGGCAUUUUGUGAGCUGUUUUCUGUUUUGCACCAACCUCAGUGUUUUUACUGUAUUCCCUCUCUGAACUUCUCUCUCUCUGCCAGGGAAUAAAACAUAUUUAUUACACUCAC